AUGAACUUGUUCAUCUUUAAAAGGCUUGAGAGAAACUCGAACAACUUUAGAAGACGUAAGAAAGGAUUGGACAAACUUAUGGUUUUAAGAUCGAACAACUUUAGAAGACGUAACAAGGAAUUGGACAAACUUGUGGUUUUAAGAUCGAACAACUUAAGAAGACGUAACAAGGAAUUGGACAAACUUAUGGUUUUAAGAUCGAACAACUUAAGAAGACGUAAGAAGGAGUUGGACAAACUUGUGGUUUUAAGAUCGAACAACUUAAGAAGACGUAAGAAGGAGUUGGACAAACUUGUGGUUUUAAGAUCGAACAACUUUAGAAGACGUAAGAAGGAAUUGGACAAACUUAUGGUUUUAAGAUCGAACAACUUUAGAAGACGUAAGAAGGAAUUGGACAAACUUAUGGUUUUAAGAUCGAACAACUUUAGAAGACGUAACAAGGAAUUGGACAAACUUAUGGUUUUAAGAUCGAACAACUUUAGAAGACAUAACAAGGAAUUGGACAAACUUAUG